UAAUGGCGGUGUAGAUGUCGAUGGCCUGGUUUUACGAGAUUCUUCGUCGCUGCAGAUAUUUCAACAGCAACGUUUUUGCUUCGUCACGGUGGAAAUAGGACAGACGACAUCGCAAAUAUUCAUUAAUUGCGUAUUAUUGUACAUUGGAGAAGAGUAAUAUCUUGUUUGUUUUGUGUGCUGCUGUGUGUGCUCCAUCAUGGCUGUGGUCAUCCGAUUACAGGGACUCAGAAUCACGGCUGGUUCUGAGGACAUUCGCAAUUUCUUCACUGGGCUCAGAAUCCCUGAUGGUGGGGUUCAUAUAAUUGGUGGGGAGCUUGAGGAAGCUUUUAUAAUAUUUGCAUCAGAUGAAGAUGCAAGGCGAGCGAUGUCACGCUCAGGGGGCUGCAUUAAGGGCUCCCCUGUCAAUUUGCUCCUGAGUAGCAAGUCAGAAAUGCAGAGUGUUCUUGAGGAGAGCACUAGAAAGUCUGAGUUAAAAAGCAGGGUGAUGUACAAGGAGGGUGUCAAAAGACCUGUGGAAAAAGGUCCUUCACCGAGAGCAGACAUGCGAAGGGCAGAUCAUCCAGAGAUAAGGAACAGACCAUCUUCAUUCAGUGAGACACGAAAUCAGAGGGAAGUGGCAGCAGCAAAGAGUGAUGACCUUUAUCUAAAUUUGACCGGGAUGCCAUUCUCCGCAACAAAAGAAAACGUACGUAUCUUUUUUGAUGGGUUGCAAGUUGAAGACAUGCUCUUUUUGAGGAACCACCGAAGAACAUUUAAUGGAAAUGCUAUUGUAAAAUUUGCUACCGCAGAAGAUGCCAUUGAAGGUCUGAAGAGGGAUCGACAGUACAUCGGACCACGGUAUGUGCAAAUAUCAAGAUGCACAGAGGAGAAAUGGCUGAAAGAAGGGGGUGUCGUUGUUAGACCGGACAGUCGGAAAAGACAGUCCUUGGAUCGUGCAAGAUCUCGAUCUCCGGUUUCCCUCAGGUCAUGGUCACUUUCCCCAUCCCUUGAAGAAUACUGUGUCUUGUUUGAAAACUUGCCUCAUGUGAUUGAAAAGAGAGAUUUGAGGGCAUUACUUCAACCGGUUCCUUUGAAGGAUGACCAAAUUAUUGUCUUUGACCAAAAGAAGGACGAUAGAACCAAAUCGGCUGUUGUUGUGUUUAGAAAUCUUACUGACUAUUGUGCUGGCUUGGCUCAUCAUAAGGAAACAUUGCUGCACAAGGUUGUGUUUGUGUCACCUAUCUCCAAGGAGAAAAUGGUUGCCAUGUUGGAAUCAUCUGUCAGUGAGCGAGAUGACAGCAGAGGGUCAAGACGAUCAGCUGAAAUGUCCCAAUCACAAAGAAGCACUCCUGAUUCUGAGAUGAGAUGUGUCUACGUUCGCAAUCUGCCCUUUGAUGUUCGCAAAGUGGAGAUCAUGGACUUCUUCCAUGGAUUCCAGUUGUCUGAGGAUAGGGUGAUCUUAUUGCAUGAUGAAAGAGGAGCUGGGCUUGGUGAGGCUUUGUUGAUCUUCCAGUCUGAGAAAGAGGCUGUAAUGGCACAGUCCCUUAACGGACAGAGGUUUCUUGGAUCAGAAGUCAUGCUUAAGUGCAUAACAUUGGACCAGAUGCAUGAUUUUGGUGUGAAUGACCAGUCUAUGAUGAGCCCACCACAAUGGAAUAAUCAGAGAGCAGGAGAAGUUUUCAGUGAUGGUCCUAAUUUUUCUUAUUCCCAGAUGCAACCUGAUGAUUUUGAUAUGCAGCCUGAGUUGAAUCAUGGUUAUGGAGGUCAUGAUGGCUUUGAUCCUAAUUUGAAUCACAGUAAUGCAUUUAGACCAGGACCAGAUGAUAAUGGGCACCAUAGUUAUGGAUCUUCUAUACAGCAAUUUGAUGGCCCAACCUGCAUUAAAUUGCUCAAUUUACCCUCACAGAUAAGGAUUGAUGAAAUUUAUGACUUCUGCUAUGGAUACAGAGUGAUUCCAGGAUCAGCCUCAUUGCAGUAUGAUAGAAAAGGAGAUCCCAGACGUUCUGCAACGGUACUGUUUGAAAACCACAGAGAGGCACUCACUGCACUUCAAGAAUUAAAUGGAAGGCCGAUUGGCACCAGAAAAAUUCAGGUGGUGUUUAUGUAGAUAUGCACUCUGAUUUUAGCAUUGAAGGAACUGGUCUGAUGCAUCCUUGUUGAGUCGAGUCAAAAAUAACAACAAGAAUUACAUGUGUUUUACAAAUAAAAAGUUUCGCAUUUUCUCUGAUUUAAUAAGACAAAUGUUGUUUUAUUAUUAUUUUUGCUUGUUCUUUUGUUUGCUUUUGCAGAUAAAUAUUUAAUUUAGAUUCAUACCUUUUGUACAUGAGUUUGUAUUGUGACUGGUAAUUGAAAAAUGAGAAUGCAUUUGAUUACAACCAUUCUGCUGUUGCCUUGAAAGUAUGUCACUGACUAUCUAAACUCAGUCUGUAUUAUUUGUGCUGUUGAAUUGUUUGUUUUUUAAGAAAUGAAUACUGUUUUGGUUCAUUUUCAGUUUUCACUGUACAUAUCAGUCAGUAAUUGGUAGCUAUCUGAUAAAAACAGAUAAAAUUUUUUUUUUUUUUUUUUUUUUGUGAACUUGUGAACUUCCUGCUACAGCCACUGAAGAAGAGUGAGAUAUAUUGUCAAUUAAUGGUUCAAUUAAA